AGUGGAAGUAAACGCCUUCGCCAUAAUGAAUACAAGACGUGAAACAGAGAGUGUAAACCACAACGUUUUGAAGACAACGUCUUUCUGGGCGUCUUACAGCCACUUUCCGCAAUUGGACCAGCGGCACGAGAGAAAACCGAUGAAGACGGCACGAGCAUUGCUCCGCGCGGGAAGAACGCGAGACAUGAAGUAAAAGAAGAGCGCAAGACAUGGAUACUAGUGUGAGCUCACCGUCUCCAAAGUCGCCGCGAUCUCCCCGUAGAUCGGCGCGCUCGCCACGUUCACCACGCUCUCCAGGCUCACCACGUUCACCAGGCUCGCCCAGGAACCGCCGCCGCCAAAAGAGGCGACACCAUAGGAAACAUGGCACCGAUGGCGUACAGUCUCCUUCAUCGCCCAAUUCGCCGUCGUCAGGGAUGUCUCCCUUCACAAGUUUGGGGCCAGUGUCGAGCGAUCCCACCUCCACAUCGAUGCCUUUUGACGAGCACAUGCCGCACCCGCUAGGCCUCUCCGGGCGCGUCUACCCGCGCUCCCCAUUUCCACUAAGAGCACCUUCACCUGGUAGACCUCUAGAUAAGCCAGACGAUACCAAGGAGAGAUACAAGAUGAUGGCCUUGAAGUGCGCUGCUAUCGCGAUGGUAGUCGUCAUCGUGUUAAGCGCCGCAGCCGUCGGUAUCAUCAUUAAACGACGGAGCGCCAGACGUCCGGCCGGGCACACCGCGACCGACUGCACGACGACAUCCUGCUUGGAAUACAAAGAACGAUUUCACGAUGCCAUGGACGACGACGAGGAUCCAUGCGACAACUUCUACAAGUACGUGUGCAGCGGUUGGGACAACGCAGAGAGCCGUUACCAAACCCCCUUAGAGAAGUACAAUGUAGCGUUCAUGCAGGCAACGAUAAAAAGCGUACUCCUCGAGACAAUCCCUCGACAGUCCAUCAAGGCCAAGGGAAAAGCCGCUGGGUUCUUACUUAGCUGCCUCAGCCGGGCGGGUGGAGAAAACAUCGACAAGCUCAGAGACUUCCUUCAAGACCUCGGCCUACCUUGGCCGAGCAAGUCUACUGCAACUAGACCGCAGCUGCUCAACAUUCUGGUGAGGGCGUCACUCGAGUUCGGUAUGCCAAUGUUCUGGGCCUUCUACGUCGGUCGCCACCCAAACCGUCCUUCGGAGAACACCAUCUACAUGACACUCGACCCGCGCUGCUCCGACUGGUUUCGACACAUCAGGGCGCUAGCGGACAGGGGCAGAGAGAACGACUACCUCAGACGUGGCGCCGAGGUUGUGGGACGGAAAGGGCAGUCCUACUCUCGUAUGAUCAGGUACGUGCUGGACACCCACUUCGAAAUCGUCGAACUGGCGCAGCUUUACUGGGGAGACGACACGGUGCCUCGUUUCAACAAUCUGAGCGAUCCGGAUCUUCGGCGAGCAAUCAACGGCCACCUUCCCGACGACUCGCAGCUGUGGCCCGAGGACAGGAUCAUUAACCUCCAGCCGGAGUUUUUCGCGAAGCUAGAUGAGAAGCACCUGAAAAGGAUAGCGUCACAGGAACAAUUCAAGCUGUUCCUGGGAGCCUACGUUGUGUGGGCCCUGUCGCCGUUGAUAUCCAACUACAUGACGAGCAGCCUUAUGGCAGACAUGGGCCUGGGAAACAGCGAAGGCGACUACCAUUUCUUCAGGUGCGCGGAGGCCCUUCAGAUGUUGAUGCCUCUCGUGCUGUGGCGCCUGUCGAACGACGCCCAGAAAGACCGAACUCCGACGUGGAACGUCUUACGCCUAAGCAUGCGUUCGUUCAGCGCCUGGACGAGUGCCUACGGCGGGGCGAUUGAGCGCCUCACGAAGACCGUCAGCUCCCGAUUCGCGGCCAACGCCUUCAACAUGUCGUUCACGUGGGAGAUGCUCGACAACGCGUACUCCUACUUUCCCAACUAUACGGACACGACGUUCUUUGAUUUGUACAAAAGUGCGGCCCAUGCCUCUGCGAGCUUUUUCAAGAGGUCCCUGCGCCGACCGGAGCACAGCAUCUACCACUUGCCAGGGAUCGCCACUAUCGAACUAUACCGGUUAUUAGUGGGCCGGGAGGUGGUCGUGCAUCAGUACCUGACUUCUUCACCUCUCUACGAGACUUGGCACCCAGCGGCGGUGAUUUCGGCGGUGGCGGGAACUCGGACGUCGAGGAAGGUCUUUAUUCUGAUGUGGUUCUUGAUCUUUUACAACGCCUGGUAUGAGGUUCGCCGUUCAGCGGACUUUGAUGUGGCCGUGAAGAAGCUGCUUAACGACAGCAAGCGGUUUUUUGAGCACGUCGCCGCCACGGGCUCAUUUCCAGGCGCUAACGAGCGGGAGUCACGUGACGUGUACUUGGCGAGCAUCGCCGCGCACACUGCCAGUUACAUCCAGGACGCGCACGAGUGGCACCAUGCCAGUGGCGAGACCGCUACGUCGCCGCCCGAUGAAGACCGAGGUGGUCGGUUCAAGGGGCUUCCGGCCGAGCAAAUUUUCUUCCUUCUCAGUUGCUUCGAGCACUGCGGCUUCUCCGGACGCGAGCGCCUCGCUAAGGUUGCCAUAUGCAACGCCGCCCUUCCCGCGGCGCCUCGAUUCCGGAAGGCGUUCAGCUGCAGCCCCCAGCAUCGGCUCGUCGGGAACUUCACGUGGCCGGAGCCCCCUGAGAAGCCAAUCGACGUCUUACGGCCUCCCGAAACCUGAUCGUGGUUCGACAGACAAAUUUUUGUCAGUGAUCGGCACAGAGAAUGGAAUAUCGGAGGAAUGAGCUACAAGGAUUCCAUGUGUUUCUACGAAGAAUUGGACUGCUCUCGCUUUGCAGCUUUUGAUUAUCUUUUAUUUAUUCGAGUGCGAGAAAUAUGUUGAUGCUUAAUUGCUUUUGUCGCUGCACGUGAUUCUUCUGAAACACGGCUGAUCUUAUUCAUAGCUGCUAGAGGAAAAUGAAUACGAGCGAAGGUUUAUCGUUUUGACUUCUCAAUUUCUCUUUCAUGUUUACGAAUUUCUUAGUUGAAAAACAUGUGGUGCUGGACAAUUCUGCGAUGUAAGGAAACCCCGUGCUUUAUUGAAAAAUAAAAUAAAAUAAA